UUUUGCUACGUAUCAAUACUCACGGCUCUAUUUACUUGCCACCACAUGCCCAGGGGAGACUUUAUAAAGAGCAGUGUAGUUAGAGAUAAAAACUUGAUCAGUCAUGGAUGGAGAUUUGCUGUCUUUGUCAUCUACCUCAUCGUUGUCAUCCUCAUCAGCAGCAGCAGAAGAAAUACAGAAAGAUACUUCACCUAAGAGUGACAGCAGCCUCCCUCAGAGUCAGCAGGAGCACAAAACAACCGAAGCAUUAUGGACGGAGGAUGUGGGUCCCACGGGCGACAGACUACUGUCCACCGAGGAGCAGGUGACUCUGAUCACUGAGAGUUUGACAGUCACCUCCACCGACCAGGAAAAACUGCUGCUGCUCAACAAGAACACCGAGCUGCGCAGAGUCAACAAAGAGCUGAUGAAGCUGAAUGAGGACUGGGACCAGGUGUACCGCGGUGCCACGCUGGGUCUGCAGCACAGAGUGGAGGCUUUGGAGCUGGAGAACAACGCCAUCAAACAGCUAAACAGCAGACUGCUCCUCAAAGUGGAACAUCAACAAAGUGCAAAGGAGUAUUAUGAGCAGGCCCUGAUGCAAGAGUUGAAGAAGAACCAGGAGCUGCAGGAACACGUAAGACUGUUGGAGAAUCGGAUGCACCACCCAGAGAGAGACUGCACACUUGCCAAACAGGGCAGCUUCACUGCUGCAAGCCGCAGUCCUGUGUUGAGCCCCCCCACUAAUCCUCCUGGAGGUCCCGACCUGUCGCGCAGCCACAUUUCUGGGUACAAUCCCUCCUCCUCCUCCUUCUUCCCUGCCUUUUCCGGCCCAGAGGCGGGAUCGCAGGGAAAAAGCCAAAGUAGCAGCAUUCCAGUGGGAGCACUGGGAGACUCCCAGCAAGAAGUGCAGGACUUAAAAGAGCAGCUGGAGGCACUGAGAUGUCAGACCCAGAUUUAUGAAGCCGAAUAUCAGACAGAGCACAGCGACCACAAGCACACACUGCAGGAGAACCGAAGGCUGAGGAGGAAGAGGGAGGAGAUGCGCCAGCAGGUGGCACUACUGCAAGAACAGCUCAAGGUUUAUGAGGAUGACUUCAGACGGGAGCGGUCUGACAAGCAGAUGCUGCAGCGGCUGUUGUUAAAGAAGACGCCUCCAAACAAGGACCCGGUGCUCGUCCACCGCUGCAAUAACGAGCAGCGGCUGCUAGGGGGAGACAAGAGGACACAGAGCGGAGAGAGACGGAAAGAACACCACCCACUCUGCCCCAAACACCUGAACAGGGACAAAGAGUCAGAUUGAGGCUGAGAAGCAGAAAAAUAAACACACACACAAUCACACACACAGAAAAUUAAGUCAAUCAAGUGAGUUUCGAAUGAGAUUCUCAAAGUGUGAAGUGACGCACAUGCAAUGAUUUAUGCUGACUCUUAUCUGUAAAAGCAGCGACGCAUCCUUACAGAGGGAGUAAAUUUAAACUAUACAUGCAACAGAGACAUUAACUAACAUUUGCACCUUUAUAUCACUAAUAUUAAUACAUAUCUUUCUGUAAUAUAUAUAUAUAUAUAUAUAUAUAUAUAUAUAUAUUUUUUUUUUUUUAAUUUUAUUUUAUUUUAUUUUAUUUUAUUUUAUUUUUUUACAAUUCAUGACAAAACCCACAGUCAUUGUCUGCUCAUUUUUGGUACAUUUUAUGACUUUAAAGAAUUUGAUUUCAAACUACCAGACAACAAACUGUACAAUAAAAUAUGUUUGUGGUGACUUCAGGAAGUCAAAUGAGGAACUAGUGAGGGGUUAUUCUAAACAAUCAUGCAUCGCCUUCUGACUGUGGUCAUGUUUGCUUUGUGUGUCUGGAAAUCUGAAAGGUUUUGCUGCUGUUGUUUCCUGGUCACUAGGUUCCUGUCACAGAUUGUGAAAUAUUCCGUCCCACUUCUUUUUGCUAAAGGUGAUGUCAUGAAGUGUAUUUUGUAAGACGGUCUACAACAAGUAGUCUACAUAUUUGCUUUGAUUUCUGUUCAUUUAGUCGUUGAUUUAUUGGUUGAUCUGCGAACAGCAGUAUGAAAUCAAGAUGACAUCAUAUGUCAGCGGCAUCACAUGUUUCUACUGAAGGAAGUUAAAAUAUGAACGCUGCUGUUUCUUGACCACACGGACAUUCUGCAUCCUAAAACUUGUUUCUCACACAGUUUUUUUUUUUUAGAAAAACAAAACUGACAGCUCAUUUGUACGCUACUCAUUAUCUCUCUCCUUUCCUAUUUAUAAAUCAAAUAAAUUCUUAUACUCCUCAUUUCAA